AUGGCUGAGGAAGUUAUCGAGACAAUCUCGACGGAUGGGGAAAAAUUACUGCCUGGGUCCGUUUUUCGGUCAGGUGGGUCUGCGAAGGGCGGGGAGGUCGAGAGAAUCGGGCAGUGGAGGGAAGGGUUACCGAUAAAGCUGUCGCAUUUGAUCAUGGUGUUGUUGAAAAACGGAGUUCCGGUUAAAUGGUUGAAGGACACGUUGAAAAUCGAGAGGGUAGGUAUGUUUAGAAGGUCGUUGGGUAACGGCCCGGUUAACUCGUUGUUGUUCAGGAUGAAAGAAGUCAGGUUUUUUAAGUUGGCGAGGUUUUUCGGGAUUUCGCCUGAGAGCGAGUUGGAGGAUAAGUCGAGCACUUGUAGAGAGUACAGCUGUCCCAAGCUUGCCGGGAUGGGACCGUCCAAGUUGUUGCCGGCCAACGAGAGGGAUUUGAGAUCCUUUAUUCCGGUAAGGCUCGCCGGAAUGGGACCCUUUAGUAAAUUGCGGCUUAAAUUAAGGACGAUAAGUGAAACUGAUUCGCCGAUAGAAGGAGGAAGGCUUCCGGAGAUCUUAUUGCCGGAUAUAUCGAGGAUCGACAGAGUCUUGCAAGUUGUGGCAAUAUCGGCCGGGAUUUGA